UUGACUCUCGCGAACACAGCAGUCAGAAUCGAGGACAUGGGACCGUGAAAGUAUGGCGGAUGCCGAGGAGCCGGAGAAGAAAAGAAGGCGAAUAGAGGACCUGACCGAGAAAAUGGCUGUAGAUGGUGGACACAUGGACACUGGUUGCGAAUGGGAUGGCCGGUGGAAUCACGUGAGGAAGUUUUUGGAGAGAUCUGGCCCCUUUACCCAUCCUGACUUUGAGCCAGGCACUGAGUCUUUACAGUUUUUGUUGGAGACCUGUAAGAUUCUGGUCAUUGGUGCAGGAGGACUUGGAUGUGAACUCCUCAAAGAUCUGGCUCUGUCUGGAUUUCGCCUAAUUCAUGUGGUUGAUAUGGAUACUAUUGAUGUGUCCAACCUCAACAGACAGUUUCUUUUCAGGCCCAAAGAUGUUGGACGACCAAAGGCCGACGUGGCAGCUGAAUUUGUAAACAGUCGGAUUCCUGGCUGUGAAGUCAUCCCUCACUUUAAAAAGAUCCAAGACUUUGAUGAGUCCUUCUACCGGCAGUUCCACAUCAUCGUCUGUGGACUGGACUCCAUUAUUGCCAGACGCUGGAUGAACGGGAUGCUGAUAUCCCUACUGAGUUAUGAAGACGGAGUCCCGGAUCCCAGCUCCAUCAUUCCCCUCAUCGAUGGAGGGACUGAGGGCUUUAAAGGAAACGCGCGUGUCAUUCUGCCAGGCAUGACUGCAUGCAUCGACUGUACCCUGGAGUUGUACCCGCCACAGAUUAAUUUCCCCAUGUGCACCAUUGCGUCAAUGCCAAGGCUACCAGAGCAUUGCAUCGAAUAUGCCAGAAUCUUGCAGUGGCCAAAAGAAAAUCCAUUUGGAGAUAGCGGCUUGGAUGGAGACAAUCCUGAACACAUACAGUGGGUGUUUGAAAGAGCCCAAGAAAGAGCUGCAGAGUUUAACAUUACAGGAGUGACAUACAGACUCACACAAGGUGUAGUGAAGAGGAUCAUUCCCGCUGUGGCAUCAACGAAUGCUGUUAUUGCUGCUGCGUGCGCCACUGAAGUUUUUAAAAUUGCUACAAGCGCAUAUAUUCCUUUAAAUAAUUACAUGGUCUUUAACGAUGUGGACGGACUAUACACCUACACUUUUGAAGCAGAGCGAAAGGAGAAUUGUUCAGCAUGCAGCCUGGUGCCUCAGGACCUUCAGUUCCCUCCUUCUGCCAAGUUACAGGAAGUUUUAGAGUACCUGACAGAGAACGCUUCACUGCAAAUGAAAUCCCCCGCUAUCACUACAACACUGGAAGGGAAGAAUAAGACGCUAUAUUUGCAGUCUGUUAAAUCUAUCGAGGAACGAACCAGGCCUAACCUCUGCAAGACUCUAAAAGAGCUGGGGUUGUCAGACGGACAGGAACUGGCUGUGGCAGACGUCACCACGCCCCAAACGGUUCUCUUCAAACUCAAUUUCACUGCCUGAACCUCCGUGACAGCACGUAGAGCACUGAUAUCAGAUGGACUGAAUCUGAAAACGUGUCAGUCAUUGUGGUGUUGCAGCAGAAUAUUUUUGAUGGCAGUGAUUAUGUAAAUGAGUACACUCUCACUUGUCAAAUAGGAUUGUUUUCUUGUACAAAUGAGAAAUCAGUUAACUUUGUUGUUUUUUUUCGUAUUAUGUUGUUUACUUCUUUAUGUAUUUGACCUAUGCUGACUAAUAUUGUUGCUAUUUACCUGUAUGUCAAUUGCGUGAGUAAUAAUGUGCGCUAUGCUCUAAUAAUAAAGUUUUAUUAUCAUCCUUGA